CCUGUUCUGUCACUGGUCUCUGUCCUGAACAAAUAUCAGGGUCCCAAAAUUUUACUUCCAGCCCCCAUGUCAAGGUCUUGAAUGGACCUUGUGUGAAAGAAGAACGUUGUCACCAGAAAAACAUGGCUUCUUCCAGCUCCAAGACGUCGGAGACCUUAAAGAGGAAGUUUGUUCCUAAGAUGAAGCCACUUGAAACUGAGGCUGAAUACGUCACACCUGGAGUCUAUGAGCUGGAGAAGAUCCUUCACCGUGACAGCGUGGAGUACACUCACAUCAAUGAGGUCUGGCCCAACGUUUGGAUUGGAGAUGAAGCGAGUGCAAAAGACAAACACGGUCUGAAGAAGCUGGGCGUGACACACGUGUUGAAUGCGGCGGAGGGGACGUACAACAACGUGGACACGGGCGCGGAGUACUACCGUGACAUUGACCUGAUCUACUCUGGGGUCACGGCCGAGGAUACGACAACCUUUGACAUCAGCCAGUACUUCUUCUCUGCAGCUGAAUUCAUCGACCAAACCCUCAGCAGGCCUGAAAAUAAGCUCCUGGUUCACUGUGUGAUGGGCAGGAGCCGUUCAGCCACCCUGUUCUUGGCCUACCUGAUGAUCUGCAAGAGCAUGACGCUGGUGGACGCCGUGGAUCACGUGAAGAGGCGGCGACGCAUCAUCCCCAACUGGGGCUUCCUGAAACAGCUGAGAAAGUUGGACACCUACCUCUUAGAGCAGAGGGUCCAGGGGACGAAUCCAGAGGAUGAAAAAUGACAAAGUAUUUAUUAAAAAAAAGGGUAAAAUGUUUAAUAAGUUGGUUCCACAAGAAAUGUGCACACCCUACUCCACAAUUAAGUGAACAUGAUGGUUUUAUUUUAGGGUAUAAAGAGGACACUGCCCGAUGUAUAUUUUAAACUUCCAAAAUCUUAAACGAAGUCCGUUGCAAGUCAAAAGAGUAGAAUCGUGGCCGU